UUGCCCUUUUCUUUGUAUUACGAGUAAUUUCUGAUGUUUUACAGCUCAAUUCUACUUGGUUGAUUUUUCUCAUCAAGCAAAUCCAACAUCAACAAAGUAGGAUGGCAGAGGACAAUGAAACCCUUCCCCCGACGAAUCAGGAAGAAAAAUUCAAUGGACUUUUUCCACUUGUGAUAGCUAUAAUUUCCAUUAUAACUAUAGUAGGGAACCUUCUGGUGAUUGUGACUUUGUAUAAGAAACCGCGCACUGAAUUACGGAUCGUUUCCAGCAGCCUUGUGUUGAACCUUGCUAUCGCUGACCUGAUGAUGGGCCUUGUAGGUGAACCUCUUUGGAUAAGCCUGCAUUGGGUAGAUGGUGGAGUAAGCAUGAUGUUAAUGAGCGACUCACCAAGUACGUUGUAUGUCACAACUAGAUCAGUGUUGGUCAUAACAGCUACCGCUUCAAGAUGCACUUUGUUCUUUCUUACAGUGGAUAGAUAUGUGGCCUUAGAGAUGCCUCUACGAAGAGAAAAGCUGUUUGGUGGAAUGGCUUUGAAAUUAUACAUUUUUCUUAUUUGGCUUGAUGGAUCAGUUACCGCCCUACUCAUUUCCUUUCAUGACACAAAUGCAAUACGGCUAAUUUUCUAUAUCCUUCCUCAGUUUGAACUGGUUGUCAUCUUCGUUUUGUAUGUGCGCAUGUUCAUAAUCAUCCGAAAAUUCAACAAGAUUCUACUCGCCAAUGAAGUCCGACAACCGCUUGUUCAAUCAGGAGAUGCGUUUAAAUUGGCUCGAAAACGGGAGUUUUCCUUUGCAAAGAACAUUUUUCUUCUAGUUGGAACAUUUUUAUUGUGCUAUCUACCAUUUUCUGUCACUCGCGUUGUUGAAUACUUCAGCGACGGAGUGCGAACUUCACUUUUUUUUCAAGAAUUGUUACUAAUCCUAUACGUAUCAAAAUGCGCUCUAGAUCCCAUAUUAUACACAUUUAUUAUUCCAGGUUAUCGAUGGCGAGUUAAAGAGAUGGUCUAUAACUUUGCAAAGACCUGCGCCGACCGAUUACCAUCAGCUAGUAAUGGCGCAGGAAACCCCUAAAUAACGCUUUAUCAUCACUAAACGUCUGGUUUUAAGUUAUUAACGUUCUGACAUACCAUAGCCUUAGUUGUUGAAUGAAAUGUGUUAUGGAUAACGACUGUAAAAAUAAGUUUCUGGAAAUUUCUAGAAAGCCUAUUCAUGUUGACAUGUUACACGACUGCCCAUUGUCAUACUAUGGAAACAUAUUGUAUUCGGUUAUAUGUAGUUAUGAUGCAACACCACAAAAAUAGUUGAGUUGUAUGCUUCCGGAUUGUUCGAGAACACUUUGUAAAUGUAUAUAAUUUAUGAACUCA